AUGCGAAAAGUGGUAGCCCGUGGCGGUGUCAAACUGCAAAAGACAUGUCGCUAUUGCAGUAUUGCAGGACAAGAAGUCAAGCCUGCCAACGGCUUGAUCAAGCGAACUGCCGGCGGUGUCAAACGACGCAAAAAACUUUUCCAGACCGAUGAUUUACGAGAGGAUGAAAGCGGCACUCAUGCUCUCGCCAUGUUUAACUUGCUCUUUGUCGGCUGGAAGAACGUGCUCAGCGCCGUCGAUUACAAAUCACUGUGGACUGUACUGGUUGAACAGGGCGUCGAUACCUCUUGCAUCAACUUGCUAAAGGAAGCUAACUCUGGCUGUUGCACAAACAACACAUUGCUCGUUGUUCGAUAUCCCGACAGGAUUCCGGUAGCGAAGGGCAUCAAACGAGGCCAAUCGUCCUUCAAGGUUUUCACGCCAUCGAAAAAUAUACCGGCUCGGUCGUCGCCCGCGUUGCCAAGCACCGCGCAGGCUGGUGGAAGACUGAGGCAGAUGCGAAAAGUCGCCGAUCAGAACCUGCUCAUUGCCCUCUGCCAGGCGGGGGCGUGGCAGCACAACGACGCCUGA